AUGGCAUAUCGUCACGGCUCGCACCCCUGUCACGGCUUUGACGAGCUCGCUGCUGCGCCGGCAGGGAGGCAGUGCUCUGUGUGCAAGGCGCUAUCAGACGGCUCCGAUGUGCGCUGGUUCGGCUGUGUGGCGUCUCCUUGUGAGUUCCUGUUAUGUGAAAAGUGCUUCACAGUGCAGGAAGAGCUUCUCGCGCAGCCUCAGGUGGUAAUCCGCAACCCGAUGCUCGACUACGACGAUGGAAAGGCAGCAGUGCACACUCGGCCACGCGAGCAGAGCUACCGUCUCUCGCCGCUCUAUGCGGGACGACUACUACGGGUGGUGAGCACUGCCGUCGACGUGUCUGACCCUUCGAGAGAGUACUACCGUAUUGCGUCCGGUGGCUGGAUCAACCGGUCGCACGUUGUGUGUGUGCACCCUCACCCGAGCCCCAGUAUGCAGCUGCUUUCCGAAGUACACCUCAACAACCGCAAGCUCGGAAGCGAUAUUGCGAGUGGUGCGGUAAGUAUCAGCGUCUUGUAUGACUUGCUGCACGAGUGCAUGCAGACGAUUGACGAGAACGAGGCCUAUGGCAUUGUAAUGAGCGCGCUCGUCAUGUACCCGCUCUUGUCUACGCUGGAAAUUCAUUGCUGCCACUUCCGCACCGCACCGGAUCCGCUGCCGCUGGUAGAGUACGUUCACUUUGUGCUGCACUUUGUGCUCACGAAGCUGGUGGAGCGCAUGGACAUGGAAGAGGCCCAAUUUGUCUUCAAGCUCGUGGAUGGCGCUAUGGCGUUCCUCUUUGGCGAUGUGCUGGCUCGCUGUCUUGGCGCCGCCUAUCAUCUCGCCUUCACCUGGAAGGUGCGACUGCCGUCCUCUUUUGCCUACCUUGUCUCCCGUGCGCUGGCGACCAUGGACCGCCUCCUGCGGUUGCUCCCGGAAGAAGCGUCGGAGCAGUCACCCGCCCUCUGCGCGCCCGCCGUGACUUUGAUCCAUAACAGCAGAAGCGUAGAGCGGCAGCGACUGGGCCGUCUCAUCAUCACCAUGACAGAUAUGGGCAGCUGCUUGCUGCAGCACUGCAUCCGCGAGACCCGCCUCGACCUCGAUGUGCUGCAGCCACUCCGCGAUCAGCUGUGCGGUGACCACCGGCAUCACCUCUCCAAGGUGUUCUGCGAGGCACUGGCCACAAUGGCAGAGGUGGACCUGCUGCGCGUGCAGCGCACCUACCUUCACCUCGACGCUCUCGAGGUUGUGGGUGGCCUGGCGGCCAACUCAUGUCUGGCCGAGUCCCAGGUAGCUGUUUUCCGCCUUGUGAAAUACCUAGCCAAGCAGUGUCCACACAAUAUCGCGAUGCUCAGCGCUGUUCUCUUAGAUAAGCUACUCAAGAUGCUUGCUGACGCGCAGAGCCCCGCAGUCUAUGUGGAGGCGAUGGAGUGCUUUUAUGAAAUGGCCUUCAACGACCCUCGCAUUCGUGGCGCCGAUGCUGGCGCGAGUGAGAUGCCGCAGCCCCAACCGCACGCCUGCACGGCACAUACCGGCACCAGUGGUGGCACAGCAGAGAAGGCCAACACCCCCUAUCAGUUGCUAUGCGUGUACCGCCUGCCCUUCGGUGGUGUAUUGAUGCCCCUGUGCUCGUACUGUGCGAUGCACCACCCGCCCAGCGGUGGUGAUCUUAUGGAGAGGCCACAAUACGCGUACUUCCAGUGCCAUUGUCACCACUGCUCCACGGUGGUCACCCGCAGCGCUCUCCAAGUACCACAAUUGCCGACGAUCCCCCAGACGACCGCACUCAACAUACUGGAGGAGCAUCUCCCUAAAAAGGUGUUUGCCCUCUCCGCCUAUCUGCAGAUACCGCAGGCGUUGAACGCGCUUGGCCGGCUUCUCCUUCGCGUAGCGCUGCAGGACGAAGUCCUGGUGCGCGUGAUCGAGGAACUCGUGCGCUAUCCCUCUCUUGAGUCGGUGCCCUACGCUGCCCUGGUGGUGAAGGCAAAUGCACACCUGCCUGCAGUGAAACAGUGCUUGGCCCGGUACGCCAACACGGAGCUGAGUCGGUACGUCCACGGCACCUUCGAAGUAGCCACCCCAGCCAAGAACUAUGUAGACGAAACGCCGGCGAAGAGCCAUCAGCGCAGCGAGCUCGGCCUUUCUGCCUCCCCCUACACGAACUCCACUGUACAGAGCGGAUCAAUGUACGACAUGCGCGGCGUCUUUUCCUGCUCGCGUGACGGCGCGCGCGGUGUCCAGCUCUUCGGCGCUGGUGCCUCUGUGGAGGAGUAG